AUGGAUAUUGUUAUAAAAGUAAAUAAUCAGUCUAAUGGAAGAGAUAAACUUGCAAGAUUAUUCCAGUACACUAGUCGGUUGUUGUGGCAUCAACUUGAAUCUAGAAAUGCGAAUAAAUACUCAAUCGAUAGAAUCAAGAGUUUGGAAAAUACUUUGAGUUCUUUUAGAAAAGUUUUGAGAUUGGGAAGAUGCAUUGAUAUAUGUUACCUGGCAUUAAAUACUAUGAAUAUAGAAGAUACAUUUUUACGACUAUCAUUGACAGUGAGCAAAAUAGCGCAUGCAUUGUAUUUGUAUGCUGAUCAUAUAGUGUGGCUUACAAAAAGUGGCUUUCUUAAAACUGACUCUGAUAACUGGAAUAGAACAGCAAAUAAAUUUUGGCUCUUAUCCAUUAUUGCAAAUUUAGCAAGAGAUUUAUAUGAAAUUCUACACAUCUUGGAAUUAAAUAGAAAUAUGUUUUUACAACCUUCAGGCUUAUUAAACAAUUCUAUAAAACAAUUCAAUUUACAAACCAGUAUGAAACAUUGUUACACAAUCAUGAAUUGUCAUAAGGAUAUAUUUAUUGAUACAUUGAAGAAUUCGUGUGACCUUUUCAUUCCAUUGACAGCGUUGGGUUUUACAAGAUUAAGUCCAAGUGCUAUAGGGGCUUUAGGUGCAGUUUCUUCUGUAGCUGCAUUAGUGACAAUGGUUCAACCAAUCACAAAAUUAGUGCCUGCU